UUUCCUUUCUUGGUUUCGUUUCUGUUCUAACAGUAGAAGUGAAAAAUAUAAAACAAGUUGAUCAGCAGUUAUCUAUGUCUCUUGGCCUUUGAAUUUGUGGAGAUGGAGAAAGAAAAGGUAAAUGGCUCUCCAGACACAGUUUUGGAGGACUUUUUGAGGAAUGCAGUAUCAGAAUCAGACUCUUCAAAAGCCAGCACUUCAGAAUUGGAAGCUGCAAAACAUCAGAGAUUUGCUUCCAAAUGGGCUGGAUUUCUUGAGCUAUUCAGAACUAAAUCAAGAAGAUACAUAGCUAAGGAUCCUCUAAGUUCUCUCAAACUAUCGAAACGAUUUAGUAGCAGCAUGAGAGACUUAGUUGGGGUUGUGAAAAAUCCCAUUGUUGAUGCUGAUUUGAAUUACUCCAAGCCUCAGUGGAGGAGUUUCACCCUCUCUCAGCUCCAAGCUGCAACCAACAACUUCCACCAAGGAAAUUUGAUAGGGAAGGGUGGUUAUGCAGAAGUUUACAAAGGAUGUUUAAAAAGUGGCCAAUUUGUUGCAAUUAAGCGGCUCACGAAGGGAAAGCAGGAUGAGAGAACAGGGGAUUUUUUAUCUGAGCUGGGGAUAAUGGCCCAUGUCAACCAUCCAAACACUGCUAAAUUGAUUGGUUAUGCUGUUGAAGGUGGAUUCUAUCUUGUUCUUGAGCUGUCUCCUAAUGGAAGCUUGGCCAAUAUGUUGCAGGUGUCAAAGCAGAAACUAGACUGGAAAAUCAGGUAUAAGGUAGCUGUUGGGGUGGCUGAAGGGCUGCGAUAUCUUCAUGAGGGAGGUCAAAGAAGAAUUAUCCACAGAGAUAUUAAGGCUGCAAAUAUAUUGCUUACUAAGGACUUUGAACCUCAGAUUUGUGAUUUUGGCCUCGCCAAAUGGUUGCCAGAGAGAUGGACUCAUCUCACUAUAUCGAAAUUUGAGGGCACAUUUGGCUACCUUGCUCCGGAGUUCUUAAUGCACGGCAUAGUAGAUGAAAAAACUGAUGUUUUUGCUUUCGGAGUGCUAAUCUUGGAACUUAUAACUGGACGUCGAGCACUUGAUUACACUCAGCAAAGCCUUGUCAUAUGGGCCAAACCCCUGCUGAAGAAGAAUAGAAUAAGAGAGCUUGUUGAUCCUUCACUUGCUGAUGACUACAACUUAUUGCAGAUGAACCUCAUGGUCUUGGCUGCUUCUUUGUGUAUACAACAGUCUUCCAUUAAACGUCCGCGAAUAAGUCAGGUUCUGCAGCUUCUCAAAGGCAACCGUGGCAGCCUAGAUAUAAUCAGGAGAUGUAGAAAAUCUUCCGAUUGGAAGAGGCAUUACGAAGAACUCUUUAGUGCAGAAGAAUGCAAAAUGAUCAGAGGUUUAAGUGGUUUAAGCAUGCAGGAACAGAUACCAAUUGAAGUCUGA